ACAAAACAGCUCCGAAAUGAGAUUUUGAACAACGUCGAUAUUUCAGAUCGCGAGACUUUUUUAAUUUUAAUUCCAACUACCAAAAGCGCUGUAAUAGAAUACUAGUCGUAGUUGGUAUAGCAGAAUAUGACACGAAAAUGGUAAAAGGGUUGUAACUACCCUUGGAAUGUAAAACAAAAGAAAUAUUGAAUGAUAGGAGUUGAAUCAUAAUUAUGGACAGAUACGUAAUUACUGGAAAAAUUGGAGAAGGAGCACAGGGUGUAGUUUUGAAAGCAUACGAUACAGAAACAGAAAAUAAUGUAGCAUUAAAGAAGUUAUUUUUAAAAAAUAUUGAAAAUGGUAUAUCAACCUCUAUUAUCAGAGAAAUAAAAAUUUUGCAGCAAUUAAAACAUGUUAAUGUUAUAGAAUUAUUGAAUGCUUUUCCUACUGGAUUAGAGUUUGUAAUGGUUUUUGAGUACAUGCCAACAGGUUUAUGGGAGAUAAUAAGAGAUAAUGAAAUAUCAUUGACUUCAACUCAAGUAAAAACUUAUACAAAAAUGAUUUUGGAGGGUAUUGCCUAUAUACAUAGCAAAGAUAUAAUACAUAGGGAUUUGAAGCCAGCUAAUUUAUUAAUAAAUGAAGAAGGUAUUCUGAAAAUUGCUGAUUUUGGUUUAGGAAGACUAGCAUGGAAAAAUGAAUCAAAACCUUAUUCUCAUCAAAUUGCUACUAGAUGGUAUAGAGCACCUGAAUUAUUAUAUGGAGCUAGAUAUUAUACAUCUGCAAUUGAUAUGUGGUCUGUUGGUUGCAUUUUUGGUGAAUUGCUUAACAAGUCACCAUUAUUUCCAGGAGAAACAGAUAUUGAACAACUGGCAAUAGUUUUAAGGCAUCUAGGAUCACCUACAUCAGAAACAUGGCCAGAAUUAAAUUUAUUGCCUGACUAUAAUAAAAUUACAUUUCCAUAUCAUAAAGGGGUAACAUGGGAAGAUAUCAUAGAAGAUGCUGAACCGGAAGCUAUUGAUCUUAUUAGUAAAAUUCUUAUUUAUAAUUCAUCAAAACGCUUAACUGCUAGUGAAGCAUUGAAUCACGUGUAUUUUCAUGUUAAACCUUAUGUUUCUCUAGAAAAUAUCAUAAAACCGUCAGCUAAUCACCGCAAUCAAAUAAAACAAAAAGAGGUCAAUGUAAAUGUACAAGCUACUACGCUUUUUAAAAAGUUACUAACCAUUAUAUAA